CCCCAGCCGCCACUGCCCGACUCCCCGCACCAACGCCGGCCAUCCCCACCGCCUCCGGCCGCCGCCGCACAACUCCAUCUCCCAAAGCAGAAGAAGAUACAAAAAACCGCGGGCGCCGGAGCGAGGCUGGCCGCCGAACAAGGCUGCGAACCGCGCAGCGGAGUCGAGGGUUCUGGAGAGCGGAGGGCGGCUCUAAAACCCUAACCCCCUCCGGAUCCGCGCCGCGCCGGCCCAUGGAGGUGGACCCGUCGCCGUCCCCUCCGCCAAUGUCGACGCCGGGCUACUUCGACCCGGACUCCUCCCGCCUCCGCGAGGAGUACCGCCGCUACAGAAAGAGACUAUCUUCUUCAAAUGACUCCCCAAUGUUGGGGACCUCAGUCUCCAGAUUCUCAGAAGCAAGGUCGUUGCAUGAUGGAAGCAGCAUACCUAGGCGGCCCAAUGCUGGUCUACUACUUGAAGACGUCAAGCAGGAGGCUGCUGAUUAUUCUGACAUUGAUGGCUUGAAUGGACCGAAACUGUUCGGAUCAGCAAAAAGGACAUCGCUGAAUGGUGGUUCAGGUAGGAGGGCGGCAAGGUCAGCGUUGAAUCUGGUCAAGCUGGAGGACGAUAUGCCACGAGAAGGAGAAACAACUUCUACAACGUUUGCAUCCCUUCUUGAUUCAGCGAUACAAGGAUUGAUGCCCUUCCCAGACGUGAUUUUACAAUUUGAGAGGACAUGUAGAAACGCUUCAGAGUCACUAAGGUAUGCCGCCACAGGAAACAUUCGGAUGGUGGAGGAUAAACUUAUGCAGCAAAAAGCAAAACUAUUACUGGAUGAAGCUGCUUCAUGGUCCCUUCUUUGGUACCUCUAUGGGAAAGCAAAUGAAGAGCUUCCUGAAGGACUAUUCAUGUCACCAACUACAUCCCAUCAGGAGGCUUGCCGCUAUGUUGCAACGGAUCUUACAGCACAAUUGUGUCUGCGGAUUGUACUUUGGCUUGAAGGACUUGCUUCUGAAAGUCUUGAUUUGGAGAAAAAGGUGAGAGGAUCUCAUGUUGGUUCAUAUCUACCAAGUUCUGGUGUUUGGCAUCGUACACAGAGGCACCUAAAGAGAAGGAAUAAUGAUUCUAAUAUAGUGAAGCAUGUGGAUUUCGAUGCUCCAACUCGUGAAGUAGCCCAACUUCUUCCUGAUGACAAGAAGCAAGAUGAAUUGCUUUUAGAAGAUAUCUGGACUCUCUUAAGAGCUGGAAGAUUAGAAGAGGCAUGUGAAUUGUGCCGAUCUGCUGGACAGUCAUGGAGAGCUGCCACUCUUUGCCCCUUCGGUGGCGUAGACCUGUUUCCUUCCCUGGAGGCCAUGCUCAAGAAUGGAAAUGCUAGAACACUACAAGCAAUUGAACUGGAAAGUGGUAUUGGACGGCAGUGGCGUCUUUGGAAAUGGGCAUCCUAUUGUGCUUCAGAGAAAAUUGCUGAACACGAUGGUGGCCAGUAUGAGAUGGCUGUAUAUGCUUUACAGUGCAGUAACUUGAAGCGUACCUUGCCAAUCUGUACUGAAUGGGAGUCAGCUUGCUGGGCAAUGGCUAAAUCCUGGCUAGAUGUUAAAGUGGAUAUAGAAUUAUCUCAAUAUCAAACCAGCAGACCAGAAGAGAAAGAGUUUGAUGAUGAGAUGAAUGGGACCCAGCUUGGCCCAGAAAAUUGGCCAUAUCAUGUUCUUGAUCAGCAACCUCGUGAUAUAGCUGCACUUCUGCAGAAACUCCACUCAAGUGACCUUGUUCAUGAAACUGUUUCUCGAGCAUGUCGGGAGCAGCAUCGACAAAUUGAGAUGAAUCUCAUGAGUGGAAAUUUAGCUCAUCUUCUUGACCUUCUAUGGUCAUGGUUGUCUUCCAUCGAAGAGGGUCAAAAUGUCUCAAGUCCAAUUAGGCCCCGUGAUGAUUCCGACAUGAUACGUUUUGGGGCACAUAUUGUUCUUGUUUUGAGAUACCUUCUCAGCAAUGAAAUGGAAGAUGAGUUUGAGGAAAAGCUGGUUACUGUCGGUGAUCUCAUCAUCAACAUGUACGUGAGGUACUUGUUUUCAGAGGGGCAGGAAGAGUUGGUUGGAGUAUAUGCCUCUCAGCUUGAACGUGAUGUUUGCAUUGAUUUGUUUGUGGACAUGAUGGAACUAAGGUUAAAUAGCAGCUUGCAUACCAUGUACAAGCUUUUCCUCUCUGCUGUGGAGUAUCUGCCAUUCUCCUCUGGAGAUGCAUCCAAGGCUUGUUUUGAAGAGAUACUUGAGAGGGUUCUUUCAAGGUCUCGAGAAAUAAAACUCCAUCAGUACAAUGAAGAUUUUUCUGAUGUCGCGGAACAGCAUCACCUGCAAGCACUUCAGAAGGCAAUGAUCAUUCAGUGGCUUUGCUUCACACCACCAUCCUCAAUUCCAGGCUUUGAGAUGAUCACAGGGAAACUUCUGAUACGGGCAUUGAUGCAUAGCAACACACUAUUCAGAGAGUUUUCCUUAAUAUCAAUGAGGAGAGUCCCUGACCUACCAGUAGGACCACAUAAGUUGCUUGCCAUCCUUGCUGAACCAUUGAAACAAAAGGAAAAUUUAUUUUCGCUGGAAGAUCAAGAGGUUUCUGAUAACUUAGAAGAGUUUGAAGAUUGGCACGAAUAUUACUCCCUGGAUGCAACAUACCGGGGUUGGCUUAGAUGUGAGAUGGAGAAUUAUUCCGUCCCCCCUGAAAUGCUUUCGGCAGAAGAAAAGGAUCAAGCUGUUGCUGCAGCGAUACAAACUCUGGAGUUAGCAUUCUUGUUAUUAGAAAGGGAAGAGAGACCAUGGUUAAAUGCUAUCGAGACAAGCCCAUUUGAGUCGUCAGAGCUUGUUUUCCUUGAGUUGCAUGCAACAGCAAUACUCUGUCUACCUUCUGGGGAAUGCAUGACACCAGAUGCAACAUCAUGCACGGCUCUGACUAGUGCACUUUAUUCAACUGUCAGCGAAGGGGAUGUGCUGCAUCGGCAGCUGAAGGUGGAAGUUAAGGUCUCGUCUAAAGAUCCUUGCUGUAUUGAAGUUGCGCUCCGUUGCUUAGCAACAGAAGGUGAUGGAUUUGGGCUUCAUGAAGCCAAUGAUGGAGGUCUUCUUGCUGCAAUUAUGGCUGCUGGCUUUAAAGGUGAACUCAAUCGUUUUCAACCUGGAGUUUCAAUGGAAAUUUCACGACUUGAUGCUUGGUAUUCUGAUUGUCAUGGUUCGGUUGAAAGUACUGCUGCUUAUAUCAUUCGAGGGCUUUGCCGAAGAUGCUGCCUGCCAGAAACAAUUCUACGAUCCAUGCAGGCAUCCAUCUCCCUUUCCGAAGCUGGCGAUUCUCUAGACCAUUGUGAUAAACUUAUCGAGUUAGUUGCUUCAUCAGAUUCUGGGAUGAUGCACUUGUUCAGCCAGCAGCAGUUACAGGAGUUCCUGAUUUUUGAGAGGGAGUGCUUCAUAUGUAAAAUGGAGCUUGAGGAAGAGCAGAUGCCUGCUGAUGGCUAAGCCACUCAUGGUUUAAAUUAUCAGUUUAUUGAAGCCUGAAUCUCUUCCACGGUCUUGCCUUUUGUCUCUGGCACGUUCUUCACAAUGAACAGAAUAGCCAGGGCACAAACAGAGGCAAAGAAGCAUGUUCCAGCAAGAUCUCAAGGCGAAGGAGAAGAAUGUUCCUGCUGGAUUUGCAUAUCAGUGAGAUGUCCCUGGAUGAUUCAUGUAUUAGACAAAAACGAUAGGGGUCCGAUGUAGAUUUGGCAACGGCGGAAUGUCUGCGUCCAAUCCGAUUGACCAUGUCAAUGUAACAACCAAUUUCUCAGUUUAUAGAGAUGUGCGUGCGUAAGCAUCAUUGGGUGUAUUUGGUAGCUGUUCCCAUUCCAACAUAGUUGUUCCCUUUUGAAACAUGCUAAGUCUGAACAUGUUGAGUAGAUGCAUUUGUUGUUGUUUGAUAGUAA